AUGUCCACCGCUUCAACAGACACCCCAGCUGCGACCAUUGCUCCAGCUCCAGCUCAGCCUGCACCUCCAGUUAAUGGCGACGCUGUAGCAGCCGAUGUUGAGAAGCUCCAGGUCUCCGAUGAGACCCAACCUACACCUCCUGCCACUGAGUCUGCACCCGCACCCGCACCUCCAGCAGAGCCUCCAGUUCAAGAACAGCCCGCCGCAGCUCCCGCUCCGCAACUCCAGGAGACAGAGAUAGAGACAAUCGACAGCCUAAACCUCCCCACCUCCGCCGCCGACGGCCUCAUCCAAAAGCCCUUCCCCCGCCCCGUCGAGAGCGCGAAACCAACCGCCCCCGCCCAAUUGACAGCAGACCAACAAGCCAAGUAUGAGACUGUCCUGAAGUCUGUCUCCGAGUGGGCGACCAUCCCAACUACUGCGGCAAAGAACUCCCCCACCGAACCUGUAACAGACGACGAGCGCAUGUUCCUCACCCGCGAGUGCCUGCUCCGUUACCUGCGCGCCACGAAAUGGAAUGCCCCCGAGGCCGUCGCCCGGCUACAGCGCACGCUUACCUGGCGCCGCGAGUACGGGCUUGAGCAGUUGACGCCGGAUUAUAUCUCCAUUGAGAACGAGACAGGGAAGCAGGUGCUGCUGGGGUACGACAUCCACGGCCGGCCGUGUUUGUAUCUUCUGCCCUCGAACCAGAAUACCGAGAAGAGCGAUCGCCAGGUGCAGCAUCUGGUGUUUAUGCUUGAGCGCGCGAUUGAUCUUAUGCCCGCGGACCAGGAGACGCUCGCCCUGAUCGUGGAUUAUAGCCAGACGAAGUCCGGCCAGAAUGCUAGCAUUGGACAGGCGAAGGAUACGGUGCACUUCCUGCAGAACCAUUACCCUGAGAGGCUGGGGAGGGCGUUGGUUAUCAACAUGCCCUUCAUUAUCAUGGGCUUCUUUAAAAUCGUCACCCCCUUCCUGGACCCCGUUACGCGGGAGAAACUCAAGUUCAACGAGAAGCUCUCCAACCACGUCCCGCCCACCCAGCUCAUGAAGUCCGUCGGCGGCGAGGUUGAGUUCAAGUACGACCACGCCGCUUACUGGCCUGCGCUGAACAAGCUCGCCGAGAUCAAGCAGAAGGAGUACCGUGAGCGCUGGGUUAAGGGUGGGAAGCGGACUGGUGAGUACGAGCACUACCUCAAGACUGGUACUAGCCCCAGUGUGUCCCAGCGGGAGAGCGCUGCGACCGUCACUGCCACUGCUGAGGCUUCGUGA